GAAGAGAUCCCGGGCCCUCCCAGAAGGGACAGCACCGGGAGAAGCCAGUGCCAUCUGAAGGGAAGGAGGCGUAAAGGAAGCUGCAGGGAGGGAAGACAAGGAGGGGCCAAGAGCAGUCCCUGAACACGGACGAGCAUCUGUUCACUGUUAGCAUCGCUCUUGCUCAGAGCCCUGCACGAUGGAAAUAAUAUUUGGCAGAAAUAAGAAGGAGCACCUGGAGCCUGUGAGGGCCAGAGUGACAGGCAAGAUUCCAGCCUGGCUGCAGGGAACCCUGCUCCGCAAUGGGCCUGGAAUGCACACGGUGGGCGAGACCAGAUACAACCACUGGUUCGAUGGCCUGGCCUUGCUCCACAGCUUCACAAUCAGAGAUGGCGAAGUCUACUACAGGAGCAAAUACCUGAGAAGUGAUACCUACACUGCCAAUAUCGAAGCAAACAGGAUUGUGGUGUCAGAGUUCGGAACAAUGGCCUAUCCAGACCCCUGCAAAAACAUAUUUUCCAAAGCUUUCUCCUACCUGUCCCACACCAUCCCCGAUUUCACAGACAACUGUCUGAUCAACAUCAUGAGGUGUGGAGAAGACUUCUAUGCGACCACAGAGACAAAUUACAUCAGGAAGAUCAACCCCCAGACCCUGGAAACCCUGGAGAAGGUUGAUUAUCGUAAAUACGUGGCUGUAAAUCUGGCAACAUCGCAUCCUCACUACGAUGCUGCUGGAAAUGUUCUCAACGUUGGCACAUCCAUCGUGGACAAGGGGAAGACAAAAUACGUGAUCUUUAAGAUCCCUGCCACAGUCCCAGGGGGCAGGAAGGAGGGCCGGAGCCCCCUGAAGGAUGCAGAGGUCUUCUGUUCCAUCGCCGCCCGCUCCCUCCUUUCCCCGAGCUAUUACCACAGCUUCGGAGUCACCGAGAACUACGUCGUUUUCCUCGAGCAGCCUUUCAAGUUGGACAUCCUCAAGAUGGCCACGGCCUACAUUCGGGGCGUGAGCUGGGCUUCCUGCCUGGCCUUCCACGGGGAGGACAAGACUCACAUCCACAUCAUCGACCGAAGGACGCGGAAGCCCGUGCUGACCAAGUAUCACACGGACCCCAUGGUGGUGUUUCACCACGUCAACGCCUAUGAAGAGGACGGCUGCCUCCUGUUCGAUGUCAUCGCCUAUGAGGACGGCAGCCUCUACCAGCUCUUCUACUUGGCCAACCUGAAUAAGGACUUCAAGGAGAACUCCAGGCUCACCUCCGUGCCCACCCUCAAGAGGUUUGUGCUGCCCCUCCACGUGGACAAGAAUGCAGAAGUGGGCUCCAAUUUAAUCAACCUGUCGUCCACAACAGCACGAGCCCUAAAGGAGAAAGAUGGCCAAGUCUACUGUCAGCCGGAGUUGCUCUACGAAGGCUUAGAACUGCCUCGGAUCAAUUAUGCCCACAAUGGAAAGCCAUACCGCUAUGUCUUUGCGGCUGGAGUCCAGUGGAGCCCCAUCCCAACCAAGAUAAUAAAAUACGACAUUCUCACCAAGUCCUCCUUGAAGUGGGGAGAGGAACACUGCUGGCCGGCGGAGCCCCUGUUCGUGCCCACACCGGGUGCCAAGGACGAGGAUGAUGGGAUUAUCUUAUCGGCCAUAGUCUCUACCGAUCCCCAGAAGUCGCCUUUUCUGCUGGUUCUCGAUGCCAGAACUUUUACGGAACUGGCCCGUGCGUCCGUCGAUGUGGAGAUGCACCUGGAUAUCCACGGGCUGUUCAUCCCAGACGCAGGCUGGGACCUGGGGAAGCAGGCCCCUUCCCGGGAGGCGCCGGCCAGGGCUGCCGCCGGACAAGCGGCCCCACGGACCUGACAGCCUGGAGGCUUUGGUCCUGGGGACCAGCUCUGCCCAGCUCACGGCUGGUCCCGCCCCGGGCGGGGUGCAGGAGAGGUGGUCCUUCAUUCCAUUUCGCACUUAUUCUUUCCGCAGCUGCUGUGAGUCAACGUUCUGAAAACAGAACUUGUCAGUAUCUUUUCUCUUAUUUUAUUUUGGCCAUGAGGACCUUGCUUGAAAGUCAAUCAGAUAUUUCUUGAUUAGCUCUAGCCCUUCUAAGAAAGCCCCCUUCCUUGAGUACAAAGACCGUGACCAUGAAUCAGAAACUGUAUUGUCACAUAAUUGUUGUCCCUAGAAUGGGCACAUAUGACCCACUGGAGAAGAGACACAGAAGCGUUUAUCAUUGCUCCCCCUUCCCUCUCUGCUUUCCAGUGGACCUGGUCGUGAGUUCCAGCUUUCUCAACCAGCUGACCCAGAAGGCGUGUGCUUUGUGGUCAUUCCAUGCAAGGCAUGGCAUAAUAUGAAAUAAAACCUUAAAAGCCCAUU